AUGUUUAUCAUAGUGAUGUUUGGAGCCGGUUGCAGGGAGCUGGUGAACCCUUGGUGCAACCUGGUGACCCUCACAGCCCAUCUGAAGCAGAGGGGACGGGUGCCCACUGACGCGACCAUCGCCCUUCUGGCUAAGGAUGGACACCUGGUGAACCUGAGCCCAGGGCUGGAUGGGGGCAAUUCUCAGGCCCCGGUCAUGGGCAACUCUAUGCUGCAAGAGCGGGAAACCUAUGUCCUCGUGCAGGUCAUCAUGGGGAAGGAAGGGGCACCCACUCGCUACGAAUCCCUGCUGGAGAACCUGGAAGACAGCCACCCAGAGUUGGCAGAGGAGCUGCGCUGGCUAUCGGGGUUAUCUCCACUGAGUGAUGCUCGGAGGAGACGUGUGGGCAUCCGGCGUGGCCACCAGGAGCAAGGCACCCCUUCUCGGUCCCGAAGGAUGGGGUCUCUGCCAUCCAAGACCCGAUAA